CUCUGACAUCAGAGUGGGUUCCCAUAUCAGGGUGGUGAGGCAUUGAGAGAAGCAUCCUGGGCGGGUGUGUGCGUGUCGGCGUGCCUUGCGUGGAACAGAGAUUGCUGCACCCAGCGCCAGGCACUGGAGGAGGAGGAAUCCGUAGCAGAGAUCUGAAUAAUUGAUUCUUCAGCAGCACCAGACGCCCGGGAGCGGGCGGAGAGCGUGGUUUCAGCACCAAGGUUGCGCGCCACCGCAAGCUCCCCCCGUCACCAGCCAGACACCUAGGUCGGCCUUGUUCCGCUGCCGCCGUGCGCUCCAGAAGAGGGUGGCCGCGCUCCGCGUCGCCGCCUAGGGACUGCGGGGUCUGCCUUGGCCCGCCUCCGGGGUGGGCGGCUGCAGGCGGACCAGAGCUCCAAACAACGUCGGAUUGCGCGGGGGUUGCUGCGUUGCGUCUCGCUGGCUGAGAACAAGUCCUAAGUUGCUGUGGUGGGCGCCUCUGCUUUCCUCUAUCCUCCUAGGCGACCGCAGCAGAAGCGUGCCCUAGGAUCCUGGCUUCUCCAGUGUUGUGAACCGCGGUGGCCAGGCUCUUUCCUGGGCUCCCGCUGACCAAGUGAGGAACCGAACGCCCAGCUCGGAGCUGGCCCUUCAGCGAAAGGGCCAGGAGGGAGCUGCGGUCCUCUGCCUGCGCCCUUCUCCGCCAGGGACCGCGGGGAUCCCCGGCCACACGCGCGCGCGCGCUCCCACACUCACUCACACACACACACUCACACACUCACGCACGCCAAGCAGGAGCAGGACUGCGGAGAGGGUGUCCAGGCGCGCUCAGAGGACCUGGCAGCCGCUGUCCGGAGUGGAGCAUAAAGCUGAGCCAGGGCUCUAGGAGAGAGGCUCCUGGGGUGCUGUGCCUGAGCAUGGGGCCGGAUGAGCUCUGAGAGUCGCGGCGGCAGCAAUCAGCCCUGGAGAUGACCAGGGGUGGCCACUGCUGAGAACUAUGUGGAGAGAGGCUGCGAGCCCUGCUGCAGAGCCUCCGGCUGGGAUAGCCGCCCCCCGUGGGGGUGAUGCGGACAGCGCGGGACAGCCAGGGGAGCACGCAGGGGCCGCAGCAUGCGGGAACCCGCUAAACCUGGUGGCUGCUGAGGCGGCCGAGAUGCUCGUGCGCGCAGCACGCCCCAUUGCAUCCUCCACCUUCUCCGGCUACAGGGACCCUAAGUGGCGACCAUGGGCAGACUGGGCUACUGGACCUUGCUGGUAUUGCCGGCCCUUCUGGUCUGGCACGGUCCGGCGCAGAACGCGGCGGCGGAGAAGGGUACUCCAGCGCUGAACAUUGCGGUGCUGCUGGGUCACAGCCACGACGUGACAGAACGCGAACUUCGAAAUCUGUGGGGCCCGGAGCAGGCAACCGGCUUGCCCCUGGAUGUGAACGUGGUGGCGUUAUUGAUGAACCGCACUGACCCUAAGAGCCUCAUCACGCAUGUGUGCGACCUCAUGUCCGGGGCGCGCAUCCAUGGCUUGGUGUUUGGAGAUGAUACGGACCAAGAGGCUGUGGCUCAGAUGCUGGAUUUUAUCUCCUCACAGACUUUCAUCCCCAUCUUGGGCAUUCAUGGGGGUGCAUCUAUGAUCAUGGCUGACAAGGAUCCGACAUCCACGUUCUUCCAGUUUGGAGCUUCCAUCCAGCAGCAAGCCACGGUCAUGCUGAAGAUCAUGCAGGACUAUGACUGGCAUGUCUUCUCCUUGGUCACCACCAUCUUCCCUGGCUACAGAGACUUCAUCAGCUUCAUCAAGACAACAGUGGACAACAGCUUUGUGGGCUGGGAUAUGCAGAACGUGAUCACACUGGACACCUCUUUUGAGGACGCCAAGACACAGGUCCAGCUGAAGAAGAUCCACUCCUCUGUCAUCCUGCUCUACUGCUCCAAGGAUGAGGCUGUCCUCAUCCUGAGCGAGGCUCGCUCUCUUGGCCUCACCGGCUACGAUUUCUUCUGGAUUGUCCCCAGUUUGGUCUCCGGGAACACAGAGCUCAUCCCCAAAGAGUUUCCAUCGGGUCUCAUUUCAGUCUCUUACGACGACUGGGACUACAGUCUGGAGGCAAGAGUGAGAGACGGUCUUGGGAUCUUAACCACUGCCGCAUCUUCCAUGUUGGAGAAAUUCUCCUACAUUCCCGAGGCCAAGGCCAGCUGCUACGGGCAGACAGAGAAGCCGGAGACCCCGCUACACACUCUGCACCAAUUUAUGGUCAAUGUGACUUGGGAUGGCAAGGACUUGUCCUUCACUGAGGAAGGCUAUCAGGUGCACCCCAGGCUUGUGGUGAUCGUGCUGAAUAAGGACCGGGAAUGGGAAAAGGUGGGCAAGUGGGAGAAUCAGACUCUGAGCCUGCGGCAUGCUGUGUGGCCAAGGUAUAAGUCCUUUUCUGACUGUGAGCCAGAUGACAACCACCUCAGCAUUGUCACCUUGGAGGAAGCCCCCUUCGUCAUCGUAGAAGACAUAGACCCACUGACUGAGACCUGCGUCAGGAACACGGUACCCUGUCGGAAGUUUGUCAAGAUCAACAAUUCAACCAACGAAGGGAUGAAUGUGAAGAAGUGCUGCAAGGGGUUCUGCAUCGACAUCCUUAAGAAACUGUCCAGAACUGUAAAGUUCACCUAUGACCUCUACCUGGUGACCAAUGGGAAGCAUGGGAAAAAGGUUAACAAUGUGUGGAAUGGAAUGAUAGGCGAAGUGGUCUAUCAACGAGCAGUUAUGGCCGUGGGCUCCCUCACCAUCAAUGAGGAGCGUUCAGAAGUGGUGGACUUCUCCGUGCCCUUUGUGGAGACAGGAAUCAGUGUCAUGGUCUCCAGGAGUAAUGGCACUGUUUCCCCUUCUGCUUUCCUUGAACCCUUCAGCGCCUCUGUCUGGGUGAUGAUGUUCGUGAUGCUGCUCAUUGUCUCUGCCAUUGCUGUCUUCGUUUUUGAAUACUUCAGUCCUGUUGGAUACAACAGAAACUUAGCCAAAGGGAAAGCUCCCCAUGGGCCUUCUUUUACCAUUGGAAAAGCUAUAUGGCUCCUCUGGGGCCUGGUCUUCAACAAUUCUGUGCCCGUCCAGAAUCCUAAAGGCACAACCAGCAAGAUAAUGGUAUCAGUGUGGGCCUUCUUUGCCGUCAUCUUCCUUGCAAGUUACACAGCCAACCUGGCUGCCUUCAUGAUCCAGGAGGAGUUUGUGGACCAAGUGACUGGCCUCAGUGACAAGAAGUUCCAGAGACCUCAUGACUAUUCUCCGCCUUUCCGAUUUGGGACAGUACCCAAUGGAAGUACAGAAAGGAAUAUUCGUAACAACUACCCCUAUAUGCACCAGUACAUGACCAAAUUCAACCAGAGGGGCGUAGAGGAUGCCUUGGUCAGCUUGAAAACUGGGAAGUUGGACGCUUUCAUCUAUGACGCAGCUGUCUUGAACUACAAGGCCGGGAGGGAUGAAGGCUGUAAACUGGUGACCAUUGGGAGCGGGUACAUCUUUGCCACCACAGGCUAUGGAAUUGCUCUGCAGAAGGGCUCACCCUGGAAGAGGCAGAUUGACCUCGCUCUGCUCCAGUUUGUUGGUGACGGUGAGAUGGAAGAGCUGGAGACACUGUGGCUUACGGGCAUCUGCCACAACGAGAAGAAUGAGGUGAUGAGCAGCCAGCUGGACAUCGACAACAUGGCAGGAGUUUUCUACAUGCUGGCUGCAGCUAUGGCCCUCAGCCUCAUCACCUUCAUCUGGGAGCACCUCUUCUACUGGAAGCUGCGCUUCUGCUUCACAGGCGUGUGUUCUGACCGGCCCGGGCUGCUCUUCUCCAUCAGCAGGGGCAUCUACAGUUGCAUCCAUGGAGUGCACAUUGAAGAAAAGAAGAAGUCUCCAGACUUCAAUCUGACUGGGUCACAGAGCAACAUGCUAAAGCUUCUCCGCUCAGCUAAAAACAUCUCCAACAUGUCCAACAUGAACUCCUCGCGAAUGGACUCACCCAAAAGAGCUGCUGACUUCAUCCAAAGAGGCUCACUUAUUGUGGACAUGGUUUCAGACAAGGGAAAUUUGAUAUACUCAGAUAACAGGUCCUUUCAAGGGAAGGACAGUAUAUUUGGAGAAAACAUGAAUGAACUGCAAACAUUUGUGGCCAACAGGCACAAGGAUAGUCUCAGUAACUAUGUGUUUCAGGGACAGCAUCCUCUCACUCUCAAUGAGUCCAACCCCAACACAGUGGAGGUGGCUGUCAGCACUGAAUCCAAAGGGAACUCCCGACCCCGGCAGCUUUGGAAGAAAUCCAUGGAGUCUCUACGCCAGGAUUCUCUAAACCAGAACCCAGUCUCCCAGAGGGAUGAGAAGACUGCAGAGAAUAGGACCCACUCCCUAAAGAGUCCUAGGUAUCUUCCAGAAGAGGUAGCCCAUUCUGACAUUUCUGAAACCUCAAGCCGGGCCACAUGCCACAGGGAGCCAGAUAAUAAUAAGAACCACAAGACCAAGGAUAACUUCAAAAGGUCAAUGGCCUCUAAAUACCCCAAGGACUGUAGUGAGGUUGAACGUACCUACGUGAAAACCAAAGCAAGUUCUCCCAGGGAUAAGAUCUACACCAUCGAUGGUGAGAAGGAGCCCAGCUUCCACUUAGAUCCUCCACAGUUCAUUGAAAACAUAGUCUUGCCUGAGAAUGUGGACUUCCCAGAUACCUACCAAGAUCACAAUGAGAAUUUCCGCAAGGGGGACUCCACACUGCCCAUGAACAGGAACCCACUACACAAUGAAGAUGGGCUUCCCAACAAUGACCAGUAUAAACUCUAUGCCAAGCACUUUACCUUGAAAGACAAGGGUUCCCCACAUAGUGAGGGCAGUGAUCGAUAUCGGCAGAACUCCACGCAUUGCAGAAGCUGCCUCUCAAACCUGCCCACCUACUCAGGCCACUUUACCAUGAGAUCUCCUUUCAAGUGUGAUGCCUGUCUGCGGAUGGGGAACCUCUAUGACAUUGAUGAAGACCAGAUGCUUCAGGAGACAGGCAACCCAGCUACUCGUGAGGAGGCCUACCAGCAGGACUGGUCACAGAACAACGCCCUCCAGUUCCAGAAGAACAAGCUAAAGAUUAAUCGACAGCACUCCUAUGAUAACAUUCUCGACAAACCCAGGGAGAUAGACCUUAGCAGGCCCUCUCGUAGCAUAAGCCUCAAGGACAGGGAAAGGCUACUGGAGGGCAACUUAUACGGGAGCCUGUUCAGUGUCCCCUCAAGCAAACUCUUGGGGAACAAAAGCUCCCUUUUCCCCCAAGGUCUGGAGGACAGCAAGAGGAGCAAAUCUCUCUUGCCAGACCAUACCUCUGAUAAUCCUUUCCUCCACACGUACGGGGAUGACCAACGCUUAGUUAUUGGGAGAUGUCCCUCGGACCCUUACAAACACUCAUUGCCAUCACAGGCAGUAAAUGACAGCUAUCUUCGGUCAUCCUUGAGGUCAACAGCAUCAUAUUGCUCCAGGGACAGUCGGGGCCACAGUGAUGUGUAUAUUUCAGAGCAUGUUAUGCCUUAUGCUGCAAAUAAGAAUAACAUGUACUCUACCCCCAGGGUUUUAAAUUCCUGCAGCAAUAGACGUGUGUACAAGAAAAUGCCUAGUAUUGAAUCUGAUGUCUAAGAUCUUCCAUCAGUGUUUAUCUAUAAGGAAACAUGUAGAAUGGCCAACAUUAUAGAGGGUAAACGUUGGAUGUCCAAUAGCACCCUACUAGGAGGAAGAGGAUAUAGGGAGGUAUUUUUUUGUUGGCUCUUUUGCACAUGGCUCCAUGCCAUAAUCUUCCACUCAAGGAAUCUUAUGAGGUAUGUGCUGAGCACAGCACAUACCAGAUAGGUGAAUCCUUAACCAAAAACAAAUGAAUACAUGUGGGCAGGUCUCCCAGACAUGGUGACUGGGUAUGGCGGCAAUAAUGGUGCAUCAGACGGUGAUGGUUAUAUUGUGGUUGCCUAUAUUCCAAAUUCCAUGAAGAUCAAUCCACCAUGUAACUUCCCCAUCAGAAAUGCCUCACAGUUUCUCUAAUACAGAAUAAGCAAUAUGGUAUGCAUGUAAGUCUGACCCAGACAAUAAGACAGUUAAGAAUGCAUCUGCACUGUAAUAAGAUUGACAUGUGCAAGGUUUAAGAAGUUUGGCUUGUAACAGUUCUCAGCUUUCUUGUUAUGCCUUCCAUUACAACCCUGGAUCAGCCCCCACAAACUCCAGGUUCCCCCCCAAAGAAUAGCAAAUCAGUGUGUUUGUGGUACCUACACUACUUUCAUUGUAGUCUUCCCCCAAGACACACCUGGAACAAAUAGCCACAGGGACUCUCAGGUGGAGAACUGUAAGAAUCUCUUUGGAUGUUAAUGUGUGUGUAUCUCUCACCCUCAGCUUCAGUGGUCUUGUUCGGAGCUGCAUAAACACUUUUAUGUCUUCGAUAUCUAAGUGUGGAUCUUCUGUCUAUGACAUAGUGGCCGUUGUAGUUUAUCUUGAAGACUCUUAUGUACGUAAGUUUGCAUUCCUCCCUUCUGGUGAUGACUCAGGGUUGUAUAGUAUCUCUUACCCGAUCCCUCCCAGAGUAAUUGUAACAUGUUCUGUCCCCAGACAGCCACGAUGGUGUCUAAUUAGCUAUGUGUUGUGUUCCCAGAGUCGUUAAUGUGGUGACAUGUGCCAGCAGCCAUGUGUAAUCUAGAAGAAGUACAAUGCCAUCUGUGUGCCCCAGGCUAGCAUGGUUUUACAUUUAUGUCCCUUAAUGUCAGGAAACUCUAUUAGACACUUAUUUCUAUACAAAUCACCUCAAAUCAAAAGCUUUCAGACAUCAGCCACUUGUGCAUCUCCCCACCCCCAACCCCAGCACCCUCCCAACUAUGGAUAAACUCAGUUUUAAAAAGGGGGGAUUUCUUUCCUCUGAAAUGUGCACCUUCUUGGAGGUGCACCUCUUGCCCAGCACCAACAGAAACCAAUGAGAAGUCUUCAAAGCAUUUGUCAUUCCUGAGCUGCCUGCGUUGUCCUCUUCUUGGCCCACUAAGCCUGCGCAUAUAUGAUAGAACAGAUAGUCAUUAGUUUAAAAAAAUGAAGCCAGUGAGGGGAAUAUUCGUGCAUGGAAAAUUUCUUAGCACAUAAUUUUUUACCACAUUUUUAAAAAGACUCAAAAUGUAGUUAUGAUACUUUAUUAUACAAGGACAUACCACAGAAACAGAAAAUAAUAUGAAUUAAACAUUUUAUAUGGUUCUUUUCUAGCAUUUAGUAUAUUUCAAACGCACUAUUGUCCUUGAAAUAGCCUGGCUAGCUGGCCAUGGUAUUUUGCAUGAGACUUUAGUCAGUUGGGUAACUCUCUCCCAUGAAGAAUUCUAACCAUUUCUUGUGUUUUCUCUUACUGAAUCCUAGGUUGGGUUCUUGGAGAAAGGGACAGCGUGACAGGUUGAAAUUUCAUCACAUUUCUUUUCCUCAUGCUGUAAUGUUUUGUAGGUGGAAUUAUCCUGUAGUUGAGCAGGGAAGGGUCUCUUAGAUCUUGGGGCUGCUUCAGACGAAGCUAGCAGUGGAAAAGUUCAUUUGACCUACAGUGUUCUACAAUGACAAAAAGUGAGGCAAUAGACUAGAGGGCCAGUGGUGGAGUGGCAUAGGGGUGAAGCAUCUCUCUUCCUGUGCUCCUUCAGAACACAGAGGGGGCUAGGGUGGAGCUAGAGGGCUUGGGUGGAACUUGAGGUUGAUAAGCUUUAAAGUCACAUUUUAUCCCUUGGAUGGAAGCAUCUUUUCCUUCCCCAAGUCCCAGAGAUGGAGAAAUGUGCGUUAGAGAACCUGGAAUAGUCUCCCCAGUUUUUUACCUUAAAACUGGGCUUCAGUGUUUGUAGUGUCUUUUAAGCCCUUCACUUUGUUUCUCUAUUGCAUCCCAAACUGUAUUUCUGUAUUCCUCCUGCUAGGGCCACUGCUGUGUCAUCACAGAACUGACUCUUAAGCCUCCCUGGAAUACAGAAUGGUGACUUGUCACAAAUCCUCGAAGCAUUCUGCUUUUCUAGAUUGUCCUCACAGCCCAGGGUGCUGGUGAAUGCCCACAUUUCAGUGGGAGUACAGAUGAUCCUCCUACUGCCUCCUCAAACCCUUCUCUGGAAAAUUCAGAGAUCAUUUCUGCUAUUACUUCUAUACAAAAGAAGUUAAAAUGAGGCUUUUGGAAGAAUCAGCCACAUAAUGGGAAAGAAUGCAUUUGUUAUAACACCAAGAUAUUUACAAAAAUAAGUCUUGGUCAUUAGGGGCUGUAUGAUAAACAUUUGCUUUUCCCCCUCCACUAAUCCACUGACUCUUAUAAUUGAUGAUUUCAAAGAAGAAAACGAGGUGGUCAGGUUCCAAGUGAAAGGUAACCAUGUGGGCUUGUUUGAAGGAGUCCUCUCAAAAACUAAUCCAGGGAGUGGCAAAUGGCACCUAAGGUGGUGAUGAGGACUGGACAGGAGGCCCUGGCCUGAGCAUCAGGUAGAGGACCCCUGUGUUAGACCCAACCUCUGAGUUCUUAGACUCACAGAUGCUAAGAAGCCAGUGUCUUUGAAUCCAAGGCCUGACCUUUCCCCGGACUAAGUAAGGGCAGCUGCUCUUGGCAGUUGUCUUGGCAGCUCUUGUGCUUUCCACUUUGGAAAGGAGCAGCGUGGUCCUCAGAUGGGAAUACGUGGAGGCAAAUAGCCAUGCUUCUGUCCUUACACCCGAACUGAUUUACAUAGUCUGCAUAAGCGAAGCUCCCCGAGCGAGCAUGACCCUCACUCUGCCAAGCCUCAGUCCUCUGGGAAACGGGUCCACCAUCCUAACACCUGUAGGUUUUAAUAUACUUCUGGCUUCAAUGCUGCAAGAAGGCAAGCCCCUAUGGCUCUGUCUUCCUGCAUGUGACUCAAGGGAUGAUGACCUCAGCACUGGUGACAAUUUCCUGCCAUGCUCUGGGUUCUUCUUUCCCUGCCUCAAAGGAUUCUUGAGAAGAGUUAAUACUUAGCUUUCUGGAGGAAGCAUCAAAAUCUAUCCAUUUCAGCAAAAACUGUCAAACCAAUUCUCACUUAGGUUCUGGGCAGAAAAAAAGAAAAUUACACCUUGUUUACAAAUGAAAUAGUUUCAUUUAAAUGGGACUUUAGGCAAGGCAGUUAAUUAGUCAAAAGAUCCAUGGUAGUCACAAGUCUCUCGGUGUUUAUUCCAUUUGGUAUGUCUACUGCUGUUAUGUAUUUAAUAUUCUGCAUCCUUCUCAGGAAAUGACAAAUGCCCUGAAUUCUUUGCAAAUAGAAUUGCUAAUGAAAAAGAAAGUUGGUGUUAAUUAAAUGAUGAUUAAAAAUUUAUUUCCCUUAAACCUAAAAAGUAAAGCUUUAAUAAUUGCUUGUCAUAUAAAUAAAUACCUUGCACUGAGGUUUCUUGUGGUUUAAGACCUAAAUAGAUACUGAUUCAAGAAACCAAAAUCUCUUUCAAAGGAGUUGAAGGCACCCAAUAGCAUUAUGCGCAUUCCUGGACUGUUUCUUUGUGUGGAGCUGUCUUGUGUGAAUCCUUCAGCAAAGGACAGAAGCUGUUUCAAGGUGGAGCUGUUUGGCACUAACGUUGGCUAUAAUAGACUUACCUGGACUUCAAGAAAUAAAAUUUAAACAGGAGGAAGCCAAAUUUAUCGGUCCAUAUUUAAUAGUAAUUCAAGCUCUAAAGGAAAGAGCCCUAGGGCUGGAGAGAUGGCUCAGUGGCUGCUCUUCCAGAGGUCCUGAGUUCAAUUCCCUGCAACCACAUGGUGGCUCACAACUGUCUGUAACUUUAGUUCCAGGGGAUCUGGCACCUCACACAGACACAUAUGCAGGCAAAGCAUCAAUGCACACAAAAAUAAUAAAUCUUUAAAAAACGAAAGAAGAAAGAAAGACAGAAAAGAGACCUUCCUUCCAAAAGCAUUGUUCAGUUGCACUUGAGUCAAGAAUUGGCCUGUCUGUGCCUCCCUCUUCCUUUGGUUAAAUAGGGUCAAAAUGUUCAUUGAGAGUUUUGGGGUCUCUACUUGAAAAGUUUUUCCAAUGCAGAGUUGCCCUUUUUCAGUCAGCCAUUUUCCUAUGUACUGUGUUCAUCUCUAAUUGUCUCUGAUGAGGUCAGCUUGAUACAGAUCAGAGAUGAUUGAAUGCACUUCUGUGAAUACAGUUGCUCAUGUACACAUGUAUAUAUUAUACAUGCUUGAUUUCUACAGCUCACACUUAAGUGUAUUAUCCAAGCAAACCUGUACAUAUUGUAAAGUUUAUGUUAAAAAUUAAAUGGUGGCGGUGGUGUGAACACACAGGAAAAAAAUUCUGAUUAUUUUGAUAGGAGGGUAUUUAUGUAGAGAAGGCAUUAUAUUUUUUUAACUAUCAGCUCUAGGAAGGAUGAUAGGGCUCAGGGGGAUUUGAGCACUGAUGCUCUUUGUCCCCUUAAGGAACAAAAUUAUGGGGAGAAGAGUGUGCAAUAUAUGCUGCUUAUGUUGGCUUUGGAAUAUGAUACUGGUGUGGACUUAUAUGUGACUUGUGUAAACCCAUCAAAAGACAUAGAUUUUCUAUUUAAAUUUCGUUUCUCUUUUGGCUCAUUCUGUGCCUAGAAGUGCUAUCAGCAUAGAAAAAGUUCAAGGUACCUUCUUGGAAGGGUCUUAGAUUAAAUGGAUUUGUGGAAUGAUACCAAGACUUUAGGAAAGGGGAAUAAGGGAGGGUGACAAGGGACAGGAGUCUGUCUAAGAUGAAGUCAGAAAGCAUUGGAGUUGGGGCUGGAGCCCAAGACUCAGUUCUGAUUCCUAGCUUGGUACCCUUUACUAGGCUGACCUAUGUCUGUGUUUCUUUUAGGAAAACACCCGCCAUGCAUUCCUCUGGAGUAAGAGUCAGUCACAGAACUGACCUGGCUCUCAUUGCCUCCUGCUCUUUGCCGAUUCAGGCAUGGCUCUUUGAAUUUGGUUUUUCUUUAAGCUCCUUUGCGAUCCCUCAUUCUCUCAAGAUCUCGAGGAAGAGGGGAUCUUUUUUCAGGGAUCUAUCCUCUAGAUAAGAUCCACAAAGGACACAGUUUAAAGCUUCAAACCAAAGAUUUUUUAAAAAGCUGUCAGCCAUCAGUGAUUAUACUGUGCUGUUGGACAUGUGACACCAAUCUGCCUGUAGGGAACGGGCACUGUGACACUUUCCUCUAAUGUCCAGUUUGGCACUGAGGGCAUGCAAAUGGACUGGAAAGUAGAACCUCUUUCUGUAAGCAGUCCCUGGUUUGAAAAGUGGAUUCCAAAAUACAAAAGAUAAGCCACAACUGUAAAACAAAAACAGAUUAAAUGCUGAAAAUUAGAAUCAGACUGUAAUGCUAUUGUAAGGAGACCAAAAAUUAAUUGAUACUGAAAUCAAACACCUUUGAAAAGUCCUUUCCUGAGUUUUCAGGGACUUUGGAAAACGCUGUUAGUGUCACUGGAAAUAGUCUUGAUUUAUUUAAACCUUCUGAGAUGGUGAGGCAGAGCACAGGAGCAGCUAAACAAAGGGGGAAACCUCAUCCUUCCUUUUUUUUUUUUUUUUUUUUUUUUUUUUGCAUGAGUAGUCUUGGGUCUGGCUCCAACCAACCCUGCAUGACUUACCAAAGCAUGCCUCAAAUGCUUCAAAGGGUUGAAAUAAUCCUUCAAAGGACAAAGGAUUGGAAAAUAGACUGUGAUGUAAGAGAAAAAGGGAAAAAAAGUUAAGGGAGGAAGAUGAAGAGGGGGGGAGGAGAAGGAGGGGGAGGAGGAGGAGGGGAAGGAGGAGGUGGGGGGGGAGGAGGAGGAGGAGGAGGAGGAGGAGGAGUAUGGAAAGCUUUCCCAGUUGGGUCAUUUAUAACUUGUAAAAAUGUUUAAUACUUCAGGGUGUGGAUACGUCAGGGGAAAGAGUAGGAAAUGCACUUUGUAAUGUCCCAAGUGCCUAUGUGUGGCAAAAAGAAGUGUCAGGUUCGCUAGUGAAAACAGAGGUCAGGAAUGUACAGAAGAGAAGGGAAACCGGUGUGUGUCUGGAGGACAGAGGGAUGUAGAUGGUGUGGAAGAUGUUCACACACUGUGUGUGCCAGUCUGUGCAUAUGAACUUGUUGUAGCUUCUGCUUGUCACAAGUAUGCACCAUGAUCAGCAUCUGAAUCUUCAAAUACCCAGCUAUGUAAACUCUGAAUGGAGUUUAGAAUUUAAGUAUGAUUGCCCCCAUUUUGAAGAUAAGGGGACUGAGGCUAAUGCUGUUAUAAGCCUCACCAGCAACAAGGACAACAAGGCUGAUAAAUACUCAUGUCGCAUGUACCCUAGGAAUGUCUGCUCUUCUCCAGGGAGGUGAGACUGGAAGCAGAAAGAGAUUUGCUAAUUUGAGGUCCCCAGGACUUUCCCUAAGUGUCCUAUGCAGGCUGCCUGGUUUGGGGUAUAUCAAGAGCUCCUGGGGACCCCUUGUCUGUCGCAGUCCCUUCACAGACUAGAGCCUGCUCAUGCCUCUCCCCGCCUGGUGCUUGCACUCAGCAGUAGCUUUUCAUUUCUUUUUUUUUCCUUUUUUUUUUUUUUUCUUUUUGCUUAGGAAACUUACCUUCUCUAAUUAGCAUGUGCCUAAUCUUAAAUAUCUCUUUCCCAAUCUCCUUUCUUCUUUAACAGUUGGCAUCAGGGCUAGUACCAUUAAACGUAUGUAUAUAGUAUACUUUCACAGAUGUGUGGACACAGUCACACACAUACAUAUGCACACACUGCCUUGUGGUCCUCAAUCAAAGCUCUCUUAAACACCAUGACCCCUUUCUAAAAAGGAUGCUAUUUGCAAAUUCACUGGUCCUCCUGCUCAUCUGCAUUGGUUUAUUUUUGCCAGGCAGACAGAAUGAGGUUCAGAGAUAGGGCAGGGAAUGGGGAGUAGUUUUGCAUACAUGAUUGAGUGCUUUAGUGUCAGAGUGAUUGAGGGCCAGCUAUUAAAAUGCUGUUGUUGUAGUUGUUGUAGUUGUUGUUGUUUCAUUUGUUUAAUUGCCUUAGAGAUGCGCUCCUGGUCAUUAGCAUCAGGAUAAUUGUUGAUGCACCAACAUUUGUUAACUUUAUCCCUAGGAAGAGUGUUGAUCUGAGAUGCUUCCAUAGCACUUUAUAGGAGCAGAGAGUGGCAUGGUGUCUAACAUGUCACUCAGGUGAUGCUCCGAAGCACACAAGUGUCAUCUGUGUAUCCCCUCCCACCCAUGUUCCAAACCACACUUCUUUUCUGGCAUUUAUGUUUACAGUGAGGUGGGACACACUAGGCCCAUUUUGUAGAUGCAAAGAUUGAGCUGGGAUCACAAGGGAGGUUGUUUUGGAAUUACAUUUUCAUAGAAAAAUCCAGUCAUUGUUCUCAAUGCUUCUGAGGAGUCUUCAAACAGUGCCCGCAGCUUGAUUUCUGAGAAUAAUUCUCUUGGUAUUGUCAAGCUGAUGGUCAAAAGCCUCAUAACAUAGAGGUUACUAGAGCUAGGGAUACAGCUCAACUAGUAGAGUGUUUGCACAGCACACGUGUAGUCUGGGUUGCAUCCCCAGCAUGGCAAGCAUAAACCAGGUGUGCUAGCACAUGCCUGUGAUUCUGGAACUCGGGAAGCAGAGGCAGGAGGAUUAUGAGUUCAAGGUUAUGCCCAGGCAAUAUUGUGAGUUGGAGGCCUACAAGAGACCUAGUCUUGAAAAACUAAAACAAACCACAGAGGUCAUUAUUAUAUAAUAGCUAUUCUGAGACUAUGUGUUUCUGCAAGAGGCGAGGAGACUCCCAGGGAUGCUGAACUAUGCAGAAAGUGGAGUGCCUCAAUCAACAGGGCCAGGAGCUUCACCUCUUUGGAGCUGUAUUUCAAAGCACACAAAUCUCCUGUGAACCAGAACCAAACUAUUCACAAUGGACUCCUUCCUCAGAUUAACUUCCCAAAUAAGGCAUCAGCAGGCUUCAGGAAGAAGCAAGACAGAAGCAAUCACCCCUCACCAGCUCCUUUUAGAUAUCAUAUCAGCAGAUCGAUGAGUCUGCAUUUUUACAAUGCUAGAUCAUUUCUCAUCUCCUGUAGCCCUGGGUCAUGGCCUCUUCCACUUAAUUCUCUUUCACACCUUUGGGAAGGAUUGAAAAUGAACCUUCAAAAGGAUAUUAGCAUAACACCUAGCCAAUACCACAGAUGCCUUUUAAAUUAAUAAGGUUAAUUGUUCUCCAGCUAACAUAAGUUUGUCUUUGGCAUUUUCAAUAUUUCUCAUUGAUCUGACAUUUUUCUGUUUCAAGCUUUUAAAGGGCUCCAAUCAAAGACUAUUGAUAACAGAGCAAAUAGCGAAGGUUCAGAAAUGUACUAAUACAUUGUCUGUUUUUCCAUGAGAAACAAUUACAAACUUUGAAUUCAUUGACGGUUUUUCAUAUUAGCCAUGUAUAAUACAUUGAAUUGUUUCUCUUCCCAGUCAGGCUAAUUCUAAUGAACAAACAGUAUUGACUUUUAAAACCUGUUUUCCUUUUUAAAGUAUCUUAAAUGUAUUAAGUCUGUAGACACAGCUCUGAGGCCGCGGCCAUUAGGGAAGAACCCCAUGUCAGAACAGAAGAAUCAGACAGGGUUUUGUGGCUCAUCUGAGCAAUCAUCUUUGGAAAUUUGAUGGAUUUGGAAAGCUCAAACUGACAACUCUAACAUUCACAUUACCCUGAUAUUUUCACUGGGUAGGAUGUAAAUGAAUAAAAAUUUUUAAAGAAGAUAUUAAGUCAGGGUUAUGUAGGAAACAUGGUUGUUGUAAAACACAAAAAGAAAUGUGGCUCGGAUGCUUCCCAAGCCUGAGGGUCCCCAAAGAUGUUUUUAUGGUUGUCUUCAGAGUAUGAAUGUUAGCCUUGUUCAUUCCCCUGAUAAGACAUAUUAAUCGGUAGAAUUCAUCAUAGUUUAUAUGGUCCUGGGACAUUUGUGUAUGUGUGCUUAUUAUAUUUUGAACUGAAUAUCAGACAGAAUUAGGUGAGUUAAUUGGUGGCUUGAAUAAGAAAUAGGUCACAAAAGUCAUAAAUAAUGUUCUUCUCAAACAGUAAAAGAAGGUAAACUAUUCAUUUUCUAGCCAUGCUUUAAGACUCAAAUUAUGUACAAGCUACCCAUUGCCCACAGGAGAGUUAUUGAAUUAGAUAGCUUAUUCAUAAAGGGUUUCCAUAUGAGUCCAUCUUUAACCCAGUGUGAAUGGGAUUGAACUCAUGCAGAGGGCUUCCAUCCACAACUACAUUAAUCUGCAUCUAAAACUCACGUUAGGACUGCCUUGACGCCGUGUACGAUGGAUCCAAGGAUAGCUGUGUGCUCCAUCAGUGGUCCUCAUUUGGGAGUAGAUAUUCACCUCCAUGUCACAGCAGUUUAUACUGUCAUGUCUGAUCCGCUGCAUGAGGAAGUGCUAAUGACUGUAUUAACUAUUUCCAAGCAUAGCUACAAAACUACACGUUUGCUUAACACCUUUCGAUGAUAGAGGAAGUAUAUACUAUGGUUGUCUUCUUGUAGUAUGUCUUUUUAAUUUUGUUCAAUGUGAUAUCAACUGUUUUAAGGAAUGGGAUUUGACAUGUGUGUGCAAACUGAUAUGUACAUAACUCCCGGGGCAACACAAGUGCCCAUCAUACAGUGUAAAAAAUGUAAAUAGAGGAAAUUUCAUUUUUCUAAUAAAGAUAAUUUCUGCCACUUGAUAUGAAAA